ACACAACCAAACGCCUCUCCACUCUGAAAGAGGGCGGUCCUGUCCUCACGUGACGCCGCAGCCACGUGACCCGCCCAAGGAGCCGGCGCAGUCCGGUCCAGCAGCUGCAGGGUGGCACGCCCAACCCCCAGCCCCAAGCCACCAUGCUGUCCCGCCUGCUCAAAGAACACCAGGCCAAGCAGAACGAACGCAAGGAGCUACAGGAAAAAAGAAGACGAGAAGCCAUCACUGCAGCGACCUGCCUGACAGAAGCUUUGGUAGACCACCUCAAUGUGGGUGUGGCCCAGGCCUACAUGAACCAAAGAAAGCUGGACCAUGAAGUGAAGACCCUGCAGGUCCAAGCUGCCCAGUUUGCCAAGCAGACAGGCCAGUGGAUCGGGAUGGUGGAGAACUUCAACCAGGCACUUAAGGAAAUCGGGGAUGUGGAGAAUUGGGCUCGGAGUAUUGAACUGGACAUGCGCACCAUUGCCACCGCCCUGGAGUAUGUCUACAAAGGGCAGUUGCAGUCUGCCCCCUCCUAGCCCCUAUUCCCUCCCCCUCCUCACUGUAGGGGCAGGAGGGAGACUGAUGGGUCAUAAGACACAGUGUCCAGCCAGGCAUGGUGGCGCAUGCCUGUAAUUCCAGCACUUGGGAGGCUGAGGCAGGAGGAUCAUGGGCGAGUUCAAGACCAGCCUGGGUUACAAAGUGAACUCAAGGCCCUCCUGAACUGCAUAGUGAGACCCUAUCUCAAAAAGACCAAAAUUAAAGUUUUUUUAAAACAGCA